UGUUCUUUAAUCUUUAUAACAAUACGAAUACUAUUUCACAUGCUGCGCAUAUCUUCCCCGCGUGCAGCCACGGCCAGCACCCUCGUACGCCACCACUCUACCACCACUGCCACUGGCGCAAUGUUCGCCAAGCAGGGCUCGCUCCCGCGGCUGCCGAUUCCCAGCCUCAAGGACACAGCCACGCGGUACCUCAGGUCCCUUGAGCCGCUGCUCAGCCGCUCAGAGCACGCGCAGUCAACCAAAGCAGCGUCAGCAUUUAUUGGCACCGGCGGACUAGGGCCGGUGCUCCAGCAGCGGCUGCGGGAGGUGGACCGGCAGGCGGAGCACAGUUGGCUGGAGGACAUCUGGGUGAAGAAGGCAUACCUCGAGUGGCGCGGGCCCAGCUAUAUCAAUGUCAACUGGUUUGCACAGCUCGGCGACAACCCCGACUAUGCGGCGCCUGCACACGUGGAGCGCGGCCAAGUAACAGGUGUGCAGAUCCAGCGCGCAGCGCGCGUCGUCACGCACAUGCUGGAGCUCAACGAGAUGAUCAACGCGCGCAGCGUACCGGUCGAUUCACUGCGCGGGGAGCCGCUGUGCAUGGCGCAGUUCAUGUGGCAAUUCGGCACUACGCGGGUGCCGCGUCCGGGCUGCGACCAGCUGGUGCACCAGUUCCCGGCGACAGCGCGCCAUAUUCUGGUGAUGUACCGCACGCAGGCCGUCGAGGUGCCGGUGUACAAUGCUAGCGGCCAGCGCGCUAGCCUGGCGCAGAUCACUGCGCAGCUGGCCGCCGCCACGCAGCGGGUCGACAAGCUGAUUGCACGUGCCGGCGCCGUGCCGUCCGUCGCCAACCUCACGGCCGCGCACCGCGACCAGUGGACGCGCGCGCGCACACACCUAGAGCGUGACGCUGGCAACCACGCGGCGCUGGAGUCCGCCGACCGCGCGCUCUUCGGGCUCAGCCUGGACACCGACGUCAACCCAGAAGACAUGCGCGAUGAUGAGCGGCGCCUGGCAGUGUUUGCGCACUCGGACGGCGGCGCCAACCGGUGGUUCGACAAGGCCAUCCAGCUGGUGGUGCUGGCCGACGGCCGUUUGGGCGUCAACUGUGAGCACGCGCCGGUUGACGCGCUGACCACCGGCCGCAUCCUCAUGGAGGUAGCGCAGCGCGAGCGCGGCCCGCUGAAGGAUCUGCCGCCAGCCGCCGACCUGCCACCGCCGGAGCCGUUGGUUUGGAACGUCUCGCCAGAGACCGCCAAUGCGAUCUCGCAGGCGCGCGCCGAGGCGCGGGCGCUGGCCACCGACCUGCGAGUGCUGCUCGGCGGCGUCGGUGACUUUGGCGCCCGGUGGAUCAAGACACUGGGUGUCAGUCCCGACGCGUUCUUCCAGGUGGCACUGCAGGCCGCAUACCUGCGCCACCACGGCCAACCGGCUGCCACGUACGAGUCGGCGUCGCUGCGGCGCUUUGCGCACGGCCGCACCGAGACCAUUCGCUCGUGCACGGCUGACGCCCAGGCCUUUGCGCGCGCGCUGGACGACCCGCACGUGGCUGAGCGCGUGAAGCUGGAGCUGUUCCGCCGCGCUGCCGCCACGCACACGCAGCUGACGGCUGCGGCCACUGCCGGUCAGGGCGUCGACCGCCAUCUGCUCGGCCUGCGCGCGCAGCUGAAAUCGCCGGAGGAGGCCGAGCGCGCAGAGCUGUUUGUUGACCCGGCGUUUGCGCAGUCGUCAGCCUUUGUGCUGUCAACGUCGAACACCACGCCUGGAGACAUGUUCCGCGGCGGCUUCGCGCCAGUGGUCGCUGGCGGGUACGGAAUCAACUACGCAAUGGACCGCGAUGACAUCAAGUUCAGCAUCUCGGACUGGCGCCCGGCUGCGUCUACCGACGCCCCGGCCUUCAAAGAAACGAUCAAGCGCACGCUUGUUGAUCUGUAUGCCGCUGGUGAGCAUGUAAUGUCCAAGUAAAUGUAUUUUUUAGAAUUUCCAG